AUGGAAAGGAACCUGGAAGGCCAGCAUACGGCUGCAACCCGUGAACGCUUCAUGAUGUGCGUCAACUCGUUUGUGGCGCGGCGUGAUGCCUUGCCAGAGAGCAUGUUGGUGGCUGACCCAGAUUUGCCCGCAUUUACAUGGCUUCCCCUGACUACCUUGCAAGCUGCCAUUUUCAAGCGGGAAGGCGUUGUCAACAACCCGGAAUACUUCGCCAACUCCGUGGCUAAAUCGCAGGAUGCUGACCAAGAAGGCUACCCCAUCGCCUUUCCCGAUGGGGUCCCUUCACGGAUUCGCUACAAGGUGCAAACCGAUGACAGAGGACAAAACCUGGGAAUGCAGACUGAGUUCCGUAUUUCGGGCCGAUGGCAUAUGAAGGAUCCCACUGACCGCAUCCAGUUGGGGCAAAAAGGGUCACCGAGCAUUUCCGAUCUCGGCCGCACUCGGGUGCUUGCAAUGGAAGAGGUUGCCCGUAAACUCUUGCUCGGCUACUCCGAUUGGUUUGGUUCCUCUUUGCGCUUGCGCAGUUUCUUUUUCCCUGCAAGACCACCACCAGAUGAACCCAUGCGCAGCGCGGAGUUUUUGGGGGGUGAAGUUGCGCACUCAAGGUACCCAGACGGCGCAAAAUGCGCGACCGUCCACAGACAGUCGGAGGCGCUGCAUGCUGGGGCUGCAGCGCAUCAUGGACAAAUGUCUGCCGCCAUUGCUGCGCUGGCGCUGGCCAGUGGCUCUGGCUCUUUCGAUGCUGCUGGCAACCUUAUGGUGACUGCUGAGCAUGUGCAGGCGCAAUUGGCUGGUUUGCGUCUGUUCAGCGUCUGGUGCGCAGGUGUAUUAAUUGCUCGGUGUUUCUUCAGGUUAAGGUGGCCAGUCGGCGAGCUCAACCUUCAGAUUCGGAGCGCUUUCCGCGGCCCCUUGCCACCUUCUGAGGAGAGGCCAGCUGAUAGCGACAGUGAUCCAGAAUGCAUUGCCAAGCCAGUGCACGGCUUUGGUUCCUUUGCCGCGCCUGCUGCUACCCAGCCAUGUCCAGCCCUUCACACAGACGAGGCGAGCGUGCCCGUCGCAGAGGCAGCGGUUGAAGAGCCCGACCAUCAACCUGUACCUGUCCCUUUGGCGGAAACGGAGCCUGAAGAUGAGCGGGCAGAAGAUGUUUCGGAGGCGGCUUUGACGUUUGACCAACUCUUGCCAGAAGAACAGUUCUUCCAACGAGGCCUGGGUGAAGGAGACGCGAUGAUCUUUGAUGAUGGCAAGUUCAAAGACCAAGCCCUCCUCCGGAAAGUUUUGUUGAGCGGGCAGAGCGAGCUCAAGCUCAGUCGUGUUGUCGACCUGUACCACCAUGUUGACUCAACCGAUGCCAAACGUCGGAAAGUCCGACCUAGGCUCGCCCAGGUGAAGGAAGUUUUGGGCGCUGCUUCUCGCCGCUUUCCUCGCCUCGGGUGCUGCAGGCCCUGCGCCAGCAACGCCACCGACAGGAUGACGUGGAACAUGGUUCUUAGCCGCAUUGUGAAGGUGAGGCAGCAGCUUGCUGCAGCUUGGGCGCGGGAGAUUCUAUGGCGAAGAGCAGGCGAAGCUGGUGACCGAGAAGACAUGCUGGCGCUGGACGGGAAUGCAAAGCUGCGUAGGAGAACUUGCGGCAUGCCUUUCGCUGAGCUUGUGGAGUCCACGCGCGUGGACAAAUUCCUUCUUCGUGGCUGUAGUUGCAAGCCCCACGGACGCGAUGAGAGAGCGACGGAUCGAGAGCAGAAAGCAGAAGUGCUGGGCCGGUAUGCGACCUGGACUUCGUCGGCGGAAGACCUUUCAGGCUUCAUGGAGUUCUGCGCGGCCAAGGCAAGAGAGCGCGUGCAAGACGCACAAGGAGACAGGCGCAGCAGCUGCUGCCAGAACCGCCGGGACCUCACACUAUGGUCAGUGGACCCCAUCACGCGCCCCCUUUGCGAAGGACUUGUUGUGGAUGUGCACGAGCGCAAUGGAGCAGAGAGUCUUUCGCAGCGUUAUCACUUCUGCUCGACGCUGCUGCACCGAAUGCCUCAAACCCUGACGAUAGUCCAUGAUGACGGUUGGCGCUUGAAACUAAUGCGCCGGGACCAGAGGCAGUCGUCUACGUCAGAUGUGGCCUGUCGCUUGGCCCAGACGAACUUCAUAGUGGAUCGUUUCCACGCUGCGGCUCACACUGUGCGAUAUUGCAGCCAGCAUUGCCUUCCAUCGCUGCCUCGGAAUGAAGAAAUUCAGGCAGACUUCCCCACUGAUGCUGCGGAAACU